GGUAACGGCGGCGGCGGCGCCCCCGGCCCGGCCCCAUGGACGCCCGAAGUCGCCGAGGGGCCGGGAUUUGAGGCGGGGGCCCGGCGCCCGCGCCAUGGGGAAUUCGGUGAGUCGGCCCAGCUGCCUGGGCGAGAAGAGCCGGCGGCCGGAGGAGCUCCUGCGGGAGCCUGGGCUGGACGCGGGGCAGCCACCCGCCGGAGGCGGCACGGAGGCCUGGCCGGGGCUGCUGGAGAAGGCGCCGGUGCCGGUGGAGAACGGCUGGAGCCCGGUGCCCGGUGCCACCCGGAGCCGGCCGGGCAGCCCGGUGCUGAGGCGCAGCCAGUCCGAGGUGGCGGUGCAGAACGGGGGCGCAGCUGGAGUUCCGGUGAGGGGGCAGGUGGGGGGAGCAGCCUGGACCCCGCCCCGGGCCGGCGUUCCCCGCAGCACCUGGUCCUGGAAACCCGUCACCACCCGGGAGGUGACGGAGGUGACGGAGGUGACCGAGACCAUCGUGACGGAGAUCGUGGAGGUGACCGAGUACCCGGCGGGUGAGAAGGGUGGCGAGCCCGUGGUCACCCGGACGGUCACCGUGCUGACGGAGUGCAUGGGGGAGCUCACUGCUGUUGGCUGCGCCGGACACACGGAUGCCACCGAGGUGUCCUCACGGGCUGUCCCUGUCCCAGAGGAGGCAGCGGACCGGGGCCAGGAGACGCUGGAGCGGCUGCUGGCCUGGGUGGCCGACAUGGAGGAGUUGGUGAGCAACCAGAAGCCGCCGUCGGCGGAGGCGAAGGUGGUGAAGGCGCAGCUGGAGGAGCAGAAGCUCCUGAAGCGCCUGCUGGAGGAACGGAGGCCGCGUGUGGAGCUCGUCCUGCAGGACAGACUGACAGCACAGGGCGAGGCGGCGCCCGAGGGCAGUGCCGGCCUCCUCAGCCUCGGGGAGAGGUGGGACAAGCUGAUGCAGGAGGCUGAAGCCAGGUACGGCUGCCUGGAGCGGAUCCUGCCGGCAGCCCAGGGCUUCCAGGAGGCCGUAGACGCCUUCCAGGAGUGGCUCGGUGCCACAGAGCGGCAGCUGGCCCAGCUCUGGCGUGCCGACGGCUGUGUCGGCCGCGUGCAGGAUGCCCACCAGCAGACCCAGGCCCUCUGUGAGGAGAUCCGCGGGCGGCUGGGAGAGCUGGAUGGCGCCCUGGAGAGCGGGCAGCGGGUCCUGGAGCUGGUGACAGGGGAGGAGGCCCAGCUGACACAGGAGAAGAUGGAGUCCCUGAGGAUGCGGUACCUCAUCGUGGGCCAGAGCAGCGCUGACACCGCUCACCGGCUGGGGCAGACCCUGGAGGCCUCGUCUCGCCUGGGCACGGCCCCUGAGGACCUGGCGCUGUGGCUGAGCCGCAUGGAGAAGGAGCUGGGCGAGCAGGAGAGCCAGCAGGAUGGCCAGGAGCCCUCAGUCACUGCCAGUGACAGGGAGAAGUUUGAGCAGGUCCUGGAGUCCCAGCUCAGCCGUGUGGCUGGGCUGGCUGAGCGGCUGGAGGAGAUCGGCCGCGUGCAGCUGGAUGCUGAGGCUCUCCGCUCGCAGCUCUCCGAGCAGAAGCUGCUCUCCGCCGAGAUCCUGCAUUGCCGGGGCCUGGUUGAGCGUCUGCUGGGGUUCUCGGAGCCGCUGCUGCGCUGCUGCCCCGAGCCCCUGCGGCAGCGCCUGCAGCCGUCGGCGCAGGCGCUGCGGGAGCGCACGGAGCAGCUGUCCCUGCGCAGCGGCGCCUGUGCCGUGCAGCUGGAGCACGCCCAGUCCCUGCUCACCCAGUUCUCCGAGGCCCUGGAGGAGCUGCUGCCCUGGCUGGAGGAGACGCAGGCCCUGGGGGUGCAGCUCUCCCCCAACGCCAUCAGCUACGAGGCCUUCAAGGAGCAGCAGGCGCUGCUGCAGAGCCUGCGGGAGGCCAUCGCCGAGCACCGGCCGCUGGUGGGGAAGCUGCAGCGCGUGUCGGCGCAGCUGCUGGAGCUGAGCCCAGAGCAGGGAGCCCCGUUCCAGCGGCGCUGGCAGGAGGUGGAGGAGCAGUACGGCCACAUCCGCGAGCGUGUGCGCCAGGCAGCGGCUCUGCUGGAGGAUGCCCUGCCGCGAUACAGCCAGCUGUCGGAGCGCAUGGAUCUGCUGCUGGAGUGCCUGGAGCGGCUGCAGAGCCGGCUGCAGAGCCAGCCCCCCGUCCGCGGCGACGCGGCCCACUUGAGGGAGCAGAUCCGGGAGAACAGCCUGGCCCUGGGCGAGCUGGAGAAGCUCGGCGUGGCCCUGGAGGGCAUCCGUGCACAGGGCGAGGAGCUGCUGGCCACCAUGCAGGCGGUCAGCUCCGACGCCGCGGCCAGAGGGAUCCAGGAGCGCACGGCGCAGCUGCUGUCCCAGUGGGGCUGCCUGCGCGGCCGCUGCCAGGAGCGGGAGCGCUGGCUUCGGGAGCUGCUGGCACUGGCCGAGCGCUUCUGGCACGGCCUGUCUGAGCUGGCCGUGGCGCUCGGCGACACCCAGCAGCUGGUGCUGGGGCUGGAGGAGGCCGGUGGCGAGCCCGAGGCCAUCCGCACGCGGCUGCGCACCAUGCAGGCGCUGCGGGAGGAGAUCGACGCGCUGCAGGGCGAGCUGGACACGCUGGGCAGCCUGGGCGUGGAGCUGAUGGCGUCCUGCGGGGACCCCGACAAGCCCGAUGUCACCAAGAGCCUGGACGAUCUCUACUCCUCCUGGCACAGCCUGAGCCGGGUGUGGACGGAGCGGAACGGGCGCCUCGAGGAGCAGCUCCAGGCCGCCCUCAGCUACCAGGACACCAUGCAGCGGCUGCUGGAGUGGCUGGAUGCAGCCGAGCUGCGCAUCGCCGAGGAGUUCCUGGUGGGAGGCGACCUGGACAUGGUGCAGCAGCAGCUGGCGGAGCUCAAGGAGUUCAAGCGGGAGCUGUACCAGUGCAAGGUGGAUGUGGAGAGCCUGCGGCACCAGGGGGGCACGGGGCAGGGGGACCCCCCGGCCGCGCUCAGCGACUUCCGCCAGCGCUGGGACCACCUGGAGGAGGAGAUCGUCAGCCGGCAGCACCAGCUGGAGGCAGCGCUGCUGGGGCUGGGGCAGUUCCAGCACCAGCUGGCCGAGCUGCUGCAGUGGCUGAGCCGCACCGGGGAGCAGCUGCGCGGCCCCGCGCCCCUGCGGCCCGACCUGCAGAGCUGCGAGAUCGAGCUGGCCAAGCACAAGGUGCUGCGCACGGACGUGAUGUCCCACGCCCGCACGGUGCAGUCGGUGACCGAGGCUGGGCAGGGGCUGCUGCUCUCCAGCCUGGGGGAGAGCGUGGAGGGGCUGCAGCGCAGCCUGCAGCAGCUGGAGCAGCACUGGGACCUGGUGCGCAGCGAGACCGAGAGCCGGCAGCUGGAGCUGGAGAACAACCUCAGCCAGGUGCAGGACAUCACGCUGGAGAUCACGGAGCUGCUGCAGUGGCUGGAGCAGGUGGAGCUGCAGCUCUUCUGCUCCAAGCCGGCCUGGGGCCACCCGGAUGUCACCAAAGAGAAGCUCAACGCGCACUUGGAGCUGUGCCGGGAGCUGGAGGCGCGGGCCGUGACCUACCGGGGGCUGCGGGAGCGGCUGCAGCGGCUGCUGGACUCGUGCCGCGCCGGCCGGCCCUGCAGCACCGAGCACAGCCUGCGGCUCCUGGAGCAGAAGUGGGAGAGCGUCCAGGCCGAGGCCCAGGAGAGGAAGGAGCGCCUGGCCGAGGGGCUGACGGUCACCACCGAGUUCCACGGCUCCGCGCAGGAGCUGCUGCGCUGGGUGGCGCACGCCGAAGAGCUGCUGGGGUCCCCCGCGCCCCCCAGCUUCGUCCUGGACACCGUCACCGCCCAGAUCCAGGAGCACAAGGCCCUGGUGAAGGAGGCGAACGCCCACGGGGAGAAGCUGGGCGGGCUGGAGGCCGUGGCCGCGCGCCUGAAGGAUUUCAGCCGCAAGCAGGACGGGGCCGUCAUCCAGAACCUGGUGCUGGCGGCCCGGGAGCGGCUGGGCAAGGUCCUGCAGCGGGCGGCCGAGCGCGGGGCCGUGCUGGAGGAGGCCCGAAAACGCAGCAAGCAGUUCAGCGAGUCCCGGCGGCUGCUCCUGGACUGGAUGGACGAGGUGGAGCAGAGCCUGGAGGUGCCGCAGGACGCCGCCACCAGCCAGGAGGAGAUCAAGUGCCAGCUGGCUGAGCACAAGGCAUUCCAGAAGCUGCUGCGGGCCAAGCGGCCGGUGUACGAGGCCACGCUGCGGAGCGGGCGGGCGCUGCGGGAGGGGGCGCGGCUGCCCCAGGACCUGCAGCCGCUGGAGGAGCUGCUGGGGGAGCUGAAGGAGCGCUGGGAUGCGCUGUGCAGCCACGCCGCGGAGAGGCAGCACAAGCUGGAGGAGAGCCUGCUCUUCUCGGGCAAGUUCACGGACGCGCUGCAGGCCCUCAUGGACUGGCUGUACCGCGCCGAGCCGCAGCUCAGCGAGGACGUGCCCGUCGGAGGGGACCGCGACCUGGUCGGGGACCUGAUGGACAAGCACAAGGUGUUCCAGAAGGAGCUGGGCAAGCGUGCCAGCUGCAUCAAGACGCUGAAGCGCUCGGUGCGGGACCUGACGCGCGGCAGCAGCAGCGUGGACUCGCAGUGGCUGCAGCGGCAGGUGGAGGAGCUCAGCACCCGCUGGGACCUGGUCUGCAAGCUCUCCCUGUCCAAGCAGGCCCGGCUGGAGGCUGCGCUGCGGCAGGCGGAGGAGUUCCACAGCCUGGUGCACUCCUUCCUGGGGCGCCUGACCGAGUCGGAGAAGACCCUCAAGUACGGAGUGUUCCCCGAGGAGGAGGCGGCCGUGCAGGAGUGCCAGGCCCAGCUGCAGGAGCUGAUGCAGUCCUUGCAGUGCCAGCAGCUGGAGCUGGAGUGCAUCACCUCGCUGGGGGAGGAGAUCCUCACCACCUGCCACCCCGACUCCAUCAUCACCAUCAAAUCCUGGGUCACGGUCGCCAAGAGCCGCUUCCAGGAGGUGCUGAGCUGGGCGCAGCAGCAGGGCGAGCGGCUGCGGGCGCAGGCGGCCGCGCUGGCGGCCGAGCGGGAGGAGACGGCGCAGCUGCUGGACUGGAUCACGGCGGCCGAGGAGGCGCUGGGGCUGCGGGACCAGGAGCCGCUGCCGGAGGAGGCCGAGCCGCUGGAGGAGCUCAGCGCCCAGCACGCGGUGUUCAUGGAGGAGCUGAACCGCAAGCAGCCUGACGUGGAGAAGGUGACCAAGAGCUGCAAGCGGAAGCUGGCGGUGGAUCUGGGCCCCCCGGCCACCCGCCGACUGGCCACACGUCGCCGCAGCGGCGGGAAAGCGCAGGGCACGGCGGCGGUGCCGCUCGGGGGGCUGGAGCCCCAGACGCCCCUCAUGGCCCAGCUCCUGCACCGCUGGCAGCAGCUCUGGCUGCUGGCCCUGGACCGGCAGUACCGGCUGGAGACGGCCCUGCAGCGCCUGCGGGAGCUGGAGGAGUUCGCGCACUUUGACUUCGGGGUCUGGAGGAAGCGCUACAUGCAGUGGAUCAGCCAGAUGAAGUCCCGCGUCCUGGACGUUUUCCGCGGCAUCGACAGGGACCAGGACGGGCGCAUCAGCCAGCGGGAAUUCAUCGAGAGCGUCCUUGCCUCCAAGUUCCCCACCAACGUCCUGGAGAUGAAUGCCGUGGCCACCAUCUUCGACAUGAACGGCGACGGCUUCAUCGACUACUACGAGUUCGUCAGCGCUCUGCACCCCAACCGGGACCCGCUGCGCCGCUCCGCCGACGCCGAUCAGAUCCAGGACGAGGUGAACAGGCAAGUGGCCCAGUGCAACUGCGCCAAGCGCUUCCAGGUGGAGCAGAUCAGCGCCAACAGGUACCGGUUCGGGGAGUCCCAGCAGCUGCGGAUGGUGCGGAUCCUGCGCAGCACCCUCAUGGUGCGGGUGGGUGGGGGCUGGAUCGCCCUGGACGAGUUCCUGGUGAAGAACGACCCCUGCAGAGUGAAGGGAAGGACCAACCUGAAGAUCAACGAGAAGUACCUGUCCUCAGACGUCUUCGGAGCCGCCGCCAGGUGUGCCGGGAACCAGUCGGCCGCCUCCUCCAAAGUGCUGUCCCCGAGCCGCUCCAACUCCAGCCUCAGCCUCUACAGCAGCGCCUCGGCCCCCAGCAGCCCCCUGGCCAGGAAGUCGGUGCUGCGGAGGACGCGCUCCGGGGACCGGUGUCCGCGCUCCCGGGGCUCGGGACUGCCCGACGGAGCCGAGCUGCAGUUCAGCGCGGCUGAGGAGAGCCUGGCUGUGGCACCGCCAGAGCCGCCCGAAGGGUCCCCUCCGGAGCGCUGCAGCCCCUGCCGCUGACCCCCGCGCCCGCCCUGCGCCCAGCACCCUCGGCCGGCCCCACUCAGGACCCUCCUCCACGGGGCUGGAGGACGGCGAAGCCGCGGCCGCGCCCCCCGCGGGUCUCCGGCCCGGCGCUGCGGCCCCCCGAGCGGGGCUGAGCUGUACGCCCGUCACCGACCCCGCCGGCGCCCGUUCCAGAGGAUAUGCAAGUAUCUCCCGACACUCACCAAGCCCCCGGGCUCUGGUCUCACGCCCCACGGCUCCAGCGGGCAGCCCCGGUGCCCCGCUCCGAGUGCCCGGGGCUGCGGGACCGGCCGGGCACCCCCUGCCCUUCUCCCGUGCCGCCAGCUCAGGGUGGCUGCGGUACCCCCGGCAUCCGGCGCUGCUGACGGGGGUGUCCCCAUCGUGCCUCCCAUGCCCCGGCGGGAAGUGGCCGGGCUCGGUACCCGGGCACCGGGCCCCCUGGCCGGAUGCCGAGCCCCGUUUCUGGUGCUAACCCUCACCCCUCGGCCUUCGGUGCGUGCGCUCGGGCCCCCGGCUCUGGCCGCCCCCUGUCCCGGCGGGGCCCGGGGCCGCCACGGGCGGGGGUCCCUGGCGCUGCACUCCCGUCCUGCCGGCGGCACCGGCGGGCAGCGGGACCCCCGCCCUGCUGACGCAUGCUCGUGCCACCGUGCCACCCCCGCUAACCGGACAGCAGUAGAGCUGAAUGUAACCCCGGCCGGGCCCACCCGCCGCCACAAUAAACCGUAGUGAGGUUCCUUUUUCUACGA